CAAACUUCUUUUCUUAAAAGCAAUGCAGUAUAUUUAUACUUGUGGCAAUCAAGCCCCAUUCUGAUUGCAGUUUCAAAAGUGGCUUGGUGAUGCAUUGGAAGCCACUGUCAAAGAACCCCAUUAUAUGGUCCUAUCAACAGCUGGUAAAGAUGCAAAACCUUCAUCGCGAAUGGUAUCAUUGGAAGGAGUAAACAAAGAUGGUUUUGUCUGGCACACCAACUAUAGGAGUCGAAAGGCUCGUGAAAUUUCUGAAAAUCCUCAUGCAUCACUUCUCUUUUACUGGGGUCCUAUAAAAUGCCAGGUAAGAGUGGAGGGAUUUGUGGAGCAAGUUUCUGAUGAGGAAUCUGAACAAUACUUCCCUAGUCUUCCUCGAGAUAUCCAGAUUAGACCAACAGUUAGCAAACAGAGCACACUGAUUCAUGGACGAGAGGUUCUCCAUCAACAGUACAAAGAAUUCGAGGAGAAGUACCAUGACAGAACUUCAAUACCAAGACCCAAACACUGGGGUGGCUACAGGCUUAUUCCAGAAUUUUUUGAGUUUUGGCAG